CCGCGCUCCAGGACCCAGCGCGGGCGGGCAGGCGGCGGCCUAGGAGGGGAGAAGGAGCGGUGGCGGCAGCGGUAGUAGCGGCCGGCCGGCAGCAGGGAGGCAAGCCCGGCUGGGGACACGGAGCCGCCGGCGGCUGCUGCUCACAGGGGACCAGAGUCCGCGGCCAGGCCCUCCCACCGAGAGAGGGCCGCCCCCGGACACCCCACCCUCCUCCGCCUUCCCGUUCCACCUGCUUCUCUCCAUCCUCUCCUCCCACCUCGUCCCUCCACCUCGUCUGCCCCCUUCUUGGUCUGUCCAAGGCUGCCAGUUACCCUGUCCUCGCCAGCCCGGUCACUGCUCGGCCUCUCCUGGCCCCCAAGCAUGCUUUUCCCCUGGGGACUGAGGGCUUGAGGACUCCAGGCCCUAGCUUCAUCCAGGGCAGGGCCAAGGCUCUGGGGGGAGGGGGGGAAGGGGGCGGCCCCCUCCCCCCCAGUAGGCCCUCCCCUCCCCCACUUCUCCCGAUGGCCGGCUUUCUUUUCUCCACCCAGUCCUCACCCCCUGUGCCCCCCCCAGGCCGGCCCGGCUAGGGGAGGGGGCGGGGGCCCUUUCCUGGGCCGGCUUCCCCCUCCCCCGGCUUUGCCUGUGCCCCCUCCCUUCCGUUUUCACCUUCCUCUCCUCCUUUCCUCCCUCCUUCCCCUCCGUUUGCUCCUUCCCCCUCUCUUCUCUCCCCUUCUCUCCUCCAUUUUCUCCUUUCCCCUUCUUCCCCUCCUGGCCCACCCUUUGCUUUUCCACCUGUCCUUCUUCCCCGCUGCUGGGGAGACAUCGUUUUGGAUUAGUUGGGGGCCACCACCGGCGGCGGGGGAGGGGGCCCAGUGGACUGCCCUCUCCCCCGGCCCCAGCCUCACCAGCACCCAGAAUCGGAGCAUCUCCUGGUUGUGGUUCUUCGGGCCUCGAGGGAGCCCAGCCCUCCGUCCCACCAGGAUCCGUGGCAAGUGGGGGCCGCGGCAGCUGCGUCCCCAUGAGGAGAAGAGGAAGAUGCCGGCUGAGCUGCUGCUGCUGCUGAUAGUUGCCUUCGCCAACCCCAGCUGCCAGGUGCUGUCAUCACUGCGCAUGGCUGCAAUCCUGGACGACCAGACUGUUUGUGGCCGUGGUGAGCGUCUGGCCCUGGCCCUGGCCCGGGAACAAAUCAACGGGAUCAUCGAGGUCCCAGCCAAGGCCCGAGUGGAAGUUGACAUCUUUGAGCUGCAGCGGGACAGCCAGUACGAGACCACGGACACCAUGUGUCAGAUACUGCCCAAGGGGGUCGUGUCUGUCCUAGGACCCUCCUCCAGCCCAGCUUCUGCCUCCACCGUGAGCCAUAUCUGUGGGGAGAAGGAGAUUCCCCACAUCAAGGUGGGUCCUGAGGAGACGCCCCGCCUUCAGUACCUUCGCUUCGCAUCUGUCAGCCUGUACCCCAGUAAUGAGGACGUCAGCCUGGCGGUCUCCCGAAUCCUCAAGUCUUUUAACUACCCCUCGGCUAGCCUCAUCUGCGCCAAGGCUGAGUGCUUGCUACGAUUGGAAGAAUUGGUACGAGGCUUUCUCAUCUCUAAGGAGACACUGUCAGUGAGGAUGCUGGAUGACAGCCGGGACCCCACGCCGCUACUCAAGGAGAUCCGAGAUGACAAAGUCUCUACCAUCAUCAUCGAUGCUAACGCGUCCAUCUCCCACCUCGUCCUCCGUAAGGCUUCCGAGCUAGGAAUGACCUCAGCGUUUUACAAGUACAUCCUCACCACCAUGGACUUCCCUAUCCUGCAUCUGGACGGUAUAGUGGAGGAUUCUUCCAACAUCCUGGGCUUUUCCAUGUUCAACACCUCCCAUCCCUUCUACCCGGAGUUUGUGCGCAGUCUCAACAUGUCCUGGAGAGAGAACUGUGAUGCCAGCACCUACCCCGGGCCUGCGCUGUCUGCCGCCCUGAUGUUUGACGCUGUGCAUGUGGUGGUAAGCGCUGUCCGAGAGCUGAACCGAAGCCAGGAGAUUGGCGUCAAGCCACUGGCCUGUACUUCGGCCAACAUUUGGCCCCAUGGGACCAGCCUCAUGAACUACCUACGCAUGGUAGAGUAUGAUGGGCUGACCGGGCGGGUUGAGUUCAACAGCAAAGGGCAGAGGACCAACUACACACUGCGCAUACUGGAGAAGUCCCGCCAGGGCCACCGUGAGAUAGGGGUGUGGUACUCGAACAGGACCCUGGCCAUGAACGCCACUACCCUGGACAUCAACCUGUCACAGACCCUAGCCAACAAGACACUGGUGGUCACGACUAUCCUGGAGAACCCGUAUGUCAUGCGCAGGCCUAACUUCCAGGCCUUGUCUGGGAACGAGCGCUUCGAGGGCUUCUGCGUGGACAUGCUUCGGGAGCUGGCAGAGCUACUGCGCUUCCGGUAUCGCCUGCGGUUGGUAGAGGACGGACUAUACGGGGCACCUGAGCCAAAUGGCUCCUGGACAGGCAUGGUUGGCGAGCUCAUCAACCGGCAGAAGGCAGACUUGGCUGUGGCAGCCUUCACCAUCACCGCGGAGCGGGAGAAAGUCAUUGACUUCUCCAAGCCCUUCAUGACCCUGGGGAUCAGCAUCCUCUACAGAGUGCACAUGGGCCGCAAGCCUGGCUAUUUCUCCUUCCUGGACCCCUUCUCCCCUGCUGUGUGGCUCUUCAUGCUUCUUGCCUACCUUGCUGUCAGCUGUGUCCUUUUCCUGGCUGCCAGGCUGAGCCCUUACGAGUGGUACAAUCCUCACCCAUGCCUUCGGGCGCGUCCCCAUAUCCUGGAGAACCAGUACACGCUGGGCAACAGCCUCUGGUUCCCUGUGGGUGGCUUCAUGCAACAAGGCUCAGAGAUCAUGCCUCGGGCGCUGUCCACGCGCUGUGUCAGCGGAGUCUGGUGGGCCUUCACUUUGAUCAUCAUCUCCUCCUACACGGCCAACCUGGCCGCCUUCCUCACGGUGCAGCGCAUGGAGGUGCCUGUGGAGUCGGCUGACGACCUGGCGGAUCAGACCAACAUUGAGUACGGCACUAUCCACGCCGGCUCCACCAUGACCUUCUUCCAGGGAGGGGACAGGGCUCGAGAGAAACAGUCAGAGUGGCCCUCACCCAUCCUCCUUCAUACUCCCUCUGCCAAGAACUCACGGUACCAGACAUACCAGCGGAUGUGGAACUACAUGCAAUCGAAACAGCCUAGCGUGUUUGUCAAGAGCACCGAGGAAGGAAUUGCCCGAGUCCUCAACUCGCGUUACGCCUUCCUGCUGGAGUCCACCAUGAAUGAGUACCACCGGCGCCUCAACUGCAACCUCACCCAGAUCGGGGGCCUCCUCGACACCAAGGGCUAUGGCAUCGGCAUGCCGCUGGGCUCCCCGUUCCGGGAUGAGAUCACGCUGGCCAUCCUGCAGCUCCAAGAGAACAACAGGCUGGAGAUCCUGAAGCGCAAGUGGUGGGAGGGCGGCCGGUGCCCCAAGGAAGAGGACCACAGGGCCAAAGGUUUGGGCAUGGAGAAUAUUGGAGGUAUUUUUGUUGUGCUCAUCUGUGGCCUCAUCAUUGCUGUCUUCGUGGCGGUCAUGGAAUUCAUCUGGUCCACGCGGAGGUCAGCGGAGUCCGAGGAGGUGUCGGUGUGCCAGGAGAUGCUGCAGGAGCUGCGCCACGCCGUGUCUUGCCGCAAGACCUCGCGUUCCCGCCGGCGCCGGCGCCCGGGCGGCCCGAGUCGGGCCCUGCUGUCGCUGCGCGCGGUCCGUGAGAUGCGACUCAGCAACGGCAAGCUCUACUCGGCCGGCGCGGGCGGGGACGCGGGCGCGCACGGGGGUCCGCAGCGCCUCCUGGACGACCCGGGGCCUCCCGGGGGGCCCCGGCCCGCGGCUCCCACGCCCUGCACGCACGUGCGCGUCUGCCAAGAGUGCAGGCGCAUCCAGGCGCUGCGGGCUUCGGGGACCGGGGCCCCCCCACGUGGCCUGGGCACCCCAGCCGAAGCCACCAGCCCACCCCGACCGCGGCCAGGCCCCACUGGACCCCGCGAGCUGACCGAGCACGAAUGACCGUGGACGGGGCCGGGCAUACGCCCCAACUGACUUCAGGGACGCGAUGCGCCCCAGGUGGACAGGAAGCCGCAAUUUUGCCUUCAGUUCCCGGUGAAUUCCAGCCCAGCUCCGGAGCGGGCCUGCGCCCCCUAGUGGACUCGAGCGAGGGUGUCGCAGACACCCGCAUUCCAUCCCGCACCGAGGGCGGGAGGAGCGCAGAGACCGAGGACUCCAAGGGCUGGGGACUGUGGGGGCCGCUCCCGGAGUUGGAAAGCGGUCCGCGGGGAGGACCCCAACCUGGGACUGCUCAGACACCCCAAGACUUGACACGGCUCUCCACACUUCUGGAGGUGGGGAGGGCCUCUGGACAUGUGGGUGUCUCCUGGUGCCCCUCCUCUCUUCUCUUUCUCUCUUUUUUGGGGGGAGAAACCUCAGAUUUCUAUGAGACGCCCCCAGGGAGAGGGUCAGUUGGGCCCCUAUACCUCCCCCUGCUACAUCUCAGUCCCUGUUGGAAUAAAAAAAGAACAAAACCCCAAAA